AUGCGCAGUUUGUCAGAACGUUUCAAACAGCGGCGCGAAACACAAAUAUCUAACGUUUUAACGAUAAUUGAGUUAAAUAAUUAGUUUUUUUGCAGCAAGAUAGAACCUGUAGAUCCCAACAAUACCAAAACACUUACACGGUAUAAGUAGAGGUUUGGUCAACGUUGCAGCGAGAGUAGAAGAGACAUUUAGCUAACGAUACACAGACAUUUAGCUAGCAAUAGCACUAAAAGCAAGAUAAAAGUGUUAAUUUGAGGAGUAAAUGAGUGUGUGUGAUCAUGAAGCCACUGAGAGGAUCCAAUCGAAAUGCUUCCAAAGCUCCAAACACCAAGACUAAAGGCAAGAAGACAAGUGAUGAGAAAAAGAGAAAGACAGAAGUGAACAAACAGCAGGACCGUGAGAAUGAAGAUGAAACUGGCAAAACAACUCAACCCAAAAUAUCACGAAAGAGAAAAGCUGAGUCUCAUUCACGACCAUCAAAAAUAAAGGAAGAGGAGAACUGGAGGCAGAUGUCUGUGUCCUCUUUAGCAGAUUUGGAGAAAAUCUUGGAUCUGUCAAUAUUAGCGACCCUUGCUCGGAAACGUGCAGACAAAAAGGAGGUCCAGGAACAUCUAAAUGCUGUGAAAAAGAGAUUUCUUGACCACUGUUCAACACUUAAAGUCCCCAGUCAUAAACAGAAACCUGAAGUUGCAACUUAUCGGGUUCAGGAGGAAACCAAGAAAUUAGAAGCUGAAAAGCAAACUCUGGGCUCCCUAGAAGAGAAUCUGAGGGCUGUGGUGAGUGCGUUGGAGAAGAAUGAACAUGAGAUGAACUCCCUUGAGCACCAGUGCAGUGUUUUGAGAAACAGGCUGCAAGACCAGGAGGAAGAAGCACAAGAGAUAUUUCAGAAAAAGGAUUCUGUUCUUAACCUCCCCCCGCUCCGGCCCUCUAAAGAUGAGCCAACUUUAGAGGCUAAAAUGAGAAAAUCAAUGUCAGACAGUGACGCAGAGACAAUGGCCAGAAGACUGGGAGAGAUUCUUCAAAACCGUGAAAGCCUCCAGGAUGCACAGGAGCUGCUGUCACUGGCUCACAAACAGGUGGAUGAACUGCUCCACCCAGACUUCAACGCAGGCAUCACCACUCACUGUUUAGAGGUAAUCAGCCCCUGA